CCUCUCUCUUUCCUGGUUUUAGCACCUCUCGUAUGGCAAUGGUAGUUUACAUGUUGAUGCAGCCUUCCAGCAGACGCUCUGGAGUGUAGCACCAAUCAGUUCAGGAAGUGAAGCUGCCCAAGGAUAUCUGAUAGGAGGGGAUGUUCUGAGGUUACUGCAUGGUCACAUGGAUGAAUGUUUGACAGUCCCUUCGGGUGAACACGGAGAAGAACAAAGAAGAACGGUCCAUUAUGAAGGUGGUGCUGUGUCAAUUCAUGCUCGUUCCCUUUGGCGACUAGAGACUCUAAGAGUUGCGUGGAGUGGCAGCCACAUUAGAUGGGGACAACCAUUCAGACUAAGACAUAUAACAACAGGAAAAUAUUUAAGUCUCCUGGAUGACAAGAGUCUUCUUCUUACAGACAAAGAGAAAGCGGAUGUAAAAUCUACGGCAUUCUGUUUUCGGUCUUCCAAGGAAAAGUUGGACAUAGGGACAAGAAAAGAGGUGGAUGGAAUGGGAGCACCUGAAAUAAAGUAUGGGGAUUCAAUAUGCUUCAUACAACAUGUAGGUACAGGCUUAUGGCUCACGUACCAGUCUGCUGAUGCAAAGUCUGUAAGAAUGGGUUCUGUGCAGCGGAAGGCAAUAAUGCACCAUGAAGGUCACAUGGAUGAUGGUUUAACAUUGUCCAGAUCUCAGAAUGAAGAAUCCCGUACAGCACGUGUCAUCCGUAGUACAGUCUUCCUCUUUAACAGGUUUAUAAGGGGCCUUGAUGCUCUCAGCAAGAAAGUGAAGUCUUCCACUGUCGAUUUGCCUAUCGAGUCAGUCAGUCUGAGCCUUCAGGACUUGAUUGGCUACUUUCACCCCCCUGAUGAACAUUUGGAGCAUGAAGACAAACAAAACAGGCUCCGAGCAUUGAAGAAUCGCCAGAACCUCUUCCAGGAAGAGGGUAUGAUCAACCUUGUUCUUGAAUGUAUUGAUCGCUUGAAUGUAUACAGCAGUGCAGCUCAUUUUGCAGAUGUAGCUGGGAAGGAAGCUGGAGAAGCAUGGAAAUCUAUUCUGAAUUCUUUGUAUGAAUUACUAGCGGCUCUGAUUCGAGGGAAUCGUAAAAACUGUGCUCAAUUUUCUGGAUCUCUUGAUUGGUUGAUCAGCAGAUUAGAAAGACUGGAAGCCUCUUCUGGUAUUCUAGAGGUUUUACACUGUGUGUUGGUGGAAAGCCCAGAAGCUCUAAACAUUAUUAAGGAAGGACAUAUUAAAUCAAUUAUCUGUCUUUUGGACAAACAUGGAAGAAACCAUAAGGUUUUGGAUGUUUUGUGUUCUCUCUGUGUUUGUCAUGGAGUAGCUGUGCGAUCUAAUCAACAUCUAAUCUGUGAUAAUCUCCUGCCAGGAAGAGAUCUGCUCUUACAGACGCGCCUUGUCAACCAUGUGAGCAG